AUAAACGAUUGUUAUUAUCACGAAUAUAAAUUUGUAUUUUCUCGUUUGUCUUUCCUCCCAUAAUAAACCAUCUGUUCAAGCUUUUUAUGAACAUAUACAUAAAUUAAAACUCUAAUCUUGAAUCGCCCAUUUUCUCUCCUAUUUUUUUGUUCUUCCUUAGCUACUAGCUUUCAACUGCAAUUUCCAGAGUGAGCUGCAAUUGUAUCCAAAUUACAGAAAAUGGAGAUGAUUGAAGCAGUGACAUUGAUAUUGGGUGUUAUAUUAGCCCUUCUAUUCAUUAUCCCACGAUUGAAUAAACCCAGUCAAUCGAAAACUGAAGCUUUGAGUAGUAACACCAAAAAAAUAUCAAAGGAACCUAAAAAAUAUACUAAAGCUGAAGUUUCAUUGCACGACAAAAGGACUGAUUGUUGGGUCAUCAUCAAAGAUAAGGUAUAUGAUGUAACCUCAUAUGUGGAGGAGCACCCUGGUGGUGAUGCUAUAUUAACGCAUGCAGGGGAUGAUUCAACUGAAGGAUUUUAUGGGUAUAACAGUAUGAGUCUAUUAUGUCAUUCUUGCCACAGCAUGGUACACGAGUUUUUGACAUAAUAGAAGAUUUCUGCAUUGGAGAACUGGAACAGUAACUGAGCUUGUGCAACCACUUAAAGGUUCUAAAUGCUUGGUGACAAGAUUUUUUUUGGCUGAGGCUCUACUCCUUCAAUCUGCUGUCCCAACCUUAUUCAUGUCAUUUCCAAGUUCUUGAUGUUAUAUUUAACUCUUAGCAGGUGCUGGAUUGUUUGAGCUACCAGCUCUAUGACUUGAGUUGAAAUCCUACAAAAACGCGAAUCAAAUCAACUUUAUGUCAUGGAUACUUUCAUUUCUUGAGUUUUGUGACUUUUAGUCCUACUCCAUUUUGAAUGAAGAAAUUCAUUUGUAUCUGUUCAUGGUUAUGUUAUACAGAAAGCUUCUCGCAGAAAUUCAAUUCAAGCUUUUAUAGUUCACUUGUUAAAUGUUUAGGUAUUAUAUUAAGCUAGAAUCUUCUGUAUUCAGAAUUCAUAUGGUGAAAAUUGUAAGCAUCAAUGAGAAGUAGACCUUUUUCUAAUUUGCUACCA